AUGGCUAAUGUAUUGAACGAAGAACAAAUUGUUGAUGAGUUUCAGGAGUCAUCUGGCCUGUUUGACAAAGAUGGAGAUGGUUGCAUUACUGUGGAAGAAUUGGCAACAGUGAUAAGGUCAUUGGAUCAAAACCCAACUGAAGAAGAACUUCAAGACAUGAUUAGUGAAGUUGAUUCUGAUGGAAAUGGAAACAUAGAUUUCCCCGAGUUCUUGAACCUAAUGGCCCAAAAAAUGAAGGAGACUGAUGUAGAGGAAGAGCUUAAAGAAGCUUUCAAAGUGUUCGACAAGGAUGAAAAUGGUUACAUAUCAGCUAAUGAGCUGAGGCACGUGAUGAUCAAUCUAGGCGAAAAACUAACGGACGAAGAGGUCGAGCAGAUGAUUAGGGAGGCCGAUUUAGAUGGUGAUGGUCAAGUCGACUACGAAGAGUUCGUCAAGAUGAUGACGACGGUCUGAUGAAAGUUUGAUUCAAUGUGAUCAAAUAAAAACUUAUUUAGAAUUCAGAUCAGGGUUUUAUUAUUUAUUGUUUUAUUGGUGUUAUAUGUAAUGGCAUUCUGAU